AUGUCUGAUAUGUUACCGCUAGCUAUGUAUGCUCUGAAUGUGGAGCCUUACACACAUACCCCGGCCGUUUUGCUGGAUACCCCGGUUACUGUACGUAUAACGAUGGCUGCCAUUGACCCCGAGCCCUUUGACGAGGACAAGAAGCCAUCCACGUUGCGUAUCAUUAGACGCAACCCAGUUUACUUGGAUGCCGGUGAAGUUGACGAGGAGAAGCUGAUUGAAGAGUUGGAAGGUGAUGAAGCUGCAGAAGAUGGCGAUGAGGCAAGUGAUGAUGAUAAAGAGGAAGAGGACGAGGACGAGGACGUGGACGAGGACGAUGAGGAUGACGAUGAGGAUGACGACGGUGAAGACGAGUAUGAAGAGUGUGUCGUGGUUACUUUAUCCCCGGAGACCAGAUGCCAACAGGCUAUCGAUAUUACCAUCGCUCCAGAAGAAGACGUUCAAUUCCUGGUGACUGGUUCUUACACCAUUUCCCUAACUGGUAACUACGUGAAGCAUCCAUUUGAUGAACCGUUAGAAGAUCUAUACUCUGAUGAAGAUAGCGAGGAGUACUCUGAUGAUGAGUUGGACCAAGAAAUAGAAGAAGAUGACGAGUUGGAUCACGAUGAGGCUAGCUCUGAAGAAAGUGAUGAGGACCAAGAAUUCUACGAUGCUAUUUCCGAGGGUGAUGAAGAUAUUGAUGAACAAUUAGCUAAGUUAGAAGAGACCAGCGAUGUUGAGGCUCAUUUGGAGGAUCUUAUUGCAAAGGAUAACAAGAAGAAAAGAAAACAGGAACAACUAGAUGAACAACCUGAGACAAAAAAAUCCAAAAAGACUAAGGAUGAAAAAAAUACAAAGGCUACAGAGAAUGAAAAGAAGAAUAAAGCACAAGUGUUGGAAGGAGGUGUUAUUAUUGAGGACCGUAAGAUAGGUGAGGGUCCAAAGGCUAAGAAGGGCUCAAAAGUUGGUAUGAGAUACAUUGGAAAGCUAAAAAAUGGGAAAGUUUUUGAUAAAAAUACCAGCGGUAAGCCAUUUUACUUCAAACUUCAUCGCGGUGAAGUCAUAAAAGGAUGGGACAUUGGUGUAACUGGUAUGGCUAUUGGGGGUGAGCGUAGAAUUGUGAUUCCUGCUCCAUAUGCUUACGGAAAGCAAACCUUACCGGGUAUUCCAGCUAACUCUGAGCUAACUUUUGACGUUAAGUUAGUUUCUCUAAAAUAA